AAACACUGGCGGCACAUAUUGAGGCCCUAUUUCCGGAUCAGACAGUGCUGGUUUGAACAGACACGACAAGAGCGAGAACCCUGGCCGAAUUUUCGCAGGUGGCUCCAGUAUAGCUGCUGGUGACCCAUCUUGCUCUCAGGAGUGCAACGAGAGACAGGGUCUCUGUCACCCAGACUGAAGUGUGGUGGUGUGAUCAUAGCUCAUUUACAGCCUCAAACUCCUGGGCUCAAACAGUCCUCCCACCUCAGCCUCCUGAGUAACUGGGACUACAGAGAUGGAGUCUCCCCGUCUUGCCUAGGCUGGUCUUGAAUCCCCGUGCUCAAGUGAUCCUUCCACCUCAGCCUCCCAAAGUACGGGGAUUACAGGCGUGAGCCACUGCACCUGGCCAGGGGACAAAAAAGGUUGAUUCAGGCCAGGACCACUGUCUAUAUGGAGUCUGCAUGCUCUCCUCAUCCCCGCCUCCUCCUUCUAGCCCCGCAGCCCUGGACACGGUACACACAGACCAGAGCCUUGGCUCAAAGGCAAACAAAAGGAAAUGCCCGGCUCCCCAUGGCUGUGGCCAGCACCUUCAUGCCGGGGCUCAACCCUCAGAACCCUCAUUAUAUCCCUGGGUACACUGGACACUGCCCACUACUUCGGUUCAGCAUGGGCCAGACCUAUGGGCAGGUGACUGGUCAGCUACUUCGAGGCCCUCCUGGCCUAGGCUGGCCCCCUGUCCACCGCACACUUCUGCCUCCCAUUCGGCCUCCAAGAUCUCCUGAGGUUCCCAGGGAGAGCCUACCUCUCAGGCGUGGGCAUGAAAGGCUCAGCUCCAGCAUGAUCCCUGGGUACACAGGUUUUGUACCCCGGGCACAGUUCAUCUUUGCCAAGAACUGCAGCCAGAUCUGGGCCGAGGCUCUGAGUGACUUUACUCACUGUGAAGAGCUGCCAAAGGAGGCCAAGGGAAGGAAGGACACAGAAAAGGAACAGGUGCCAGAGCCGGAGGGGCAGCUGGAGGAGCCAACACUGGAGGUGGUGGAACAAGCAUCUCCCUACUCCAUGGAUGACAGGGACCCUCGGAAGUUCUUCAUGUCAGGCUUCACCGGCUAUGUGCCCCGCGCCCGCUUCCUCUUCGGCUCCAGCUUUCCUGUGCUCACCAACCAGGCACUGCAGGAAUUUGGGCAGAAGCACUCACCAGGCAGUGCCCAGGACCCCAAACAUCUCCCCCCGCUUCCCAGAACAUACCCUCAGAAUCUGGGUCUUUUACCUAACUAUGGGGGCUACGUGCCAGGGUAUAAGUUCCAGUUUGGCCACACAUUUGGCCAUCUCACCCAUGAUGCUCUGGGCCUCAGCACCUUCCAGAAGCAGCUCUUGGCUUAGGCCGCUGGACAUCAAGUUCCCUUCCCUUUUCAUCCUAUCCCAGCCAUCCUUUUGGAAGGGAGAAAGGUGGGUGGGAGGGUGGGGGAGCACAAAGAGGAAAUGGUCUGGAGGCUGAGCACCUUUUUUAUUAAUAGGUAUAAUAAAUAAAUAAAUAAAUACAUAAACAGA